GUGAAAGGCUUAACUCAGGUCCUUACCAACAGGAACGCAACUGAAAUAGUUAAGACUCCACUGGUGUUCAUUUAACCGCGUGUGAGAGAGGCGAAGUGAUCUGAACUUCACAUAUACGUGUAUCUGUCACAUAUGAUCGUGACAAGCUUGAGACAAGGAUGCUGAGCAAGCGAAGCGCGGGGAAAAGUAGUUAUAGUCCCUACACUAUAGCACUGAGGGGCAAGAAAACGAAAUCAAAAACUGGCCUGGACGUGUUACCCAAUCGCCCAAAGGUAUGGCUUACGGAGCUGCCUCGUAAAGAUGCUAUUGAGAUACCUGCCUUGCAGACUGGCAGCUUGUCUGAACUAUCUGCUGGGAAUGUUUCCAUGACAAAGCUGAGUAGCAGCCCGAGUGCUGUCAAUACUCUCAAAAGGCCAACCACCCUGAGCAGACACUCCAGCGCUGCUGGUUUCUCGGUAGCAACCUCUGGAACAUGGGGAUACAGUAAAGGGUAUAAAGCCUCUCCCGCAUCCAGUACCAAUUCAGAAGGCUAUGAGGGACCUGAAGUGGAAGAGAUCACUCAGUUGCUAUUUGAUGUGGCAAGGUUUGCUGAAUCAGUGGAGAAACUGAAGGAUAUUGUGUUGGAAGACAAAACGGAAACCCGCCGACCAAUCGCUCACGAGUGCCUUGGCGAAAUGUUGAGGAUCCUGCGACAAGUCAUCAACAAGUAUCCCCUUCUGAACACGGUGGAAACCCUGACUGCUGCAGGCACAUUGAUUUCAAAAGUGAAAGGCUUCCAUUAUGAAUCUAACAAUGAGAAUGAUAAGAAGGAAUUUGAGAAGGCAAUUGAGACAAUAGCAGUGGCAUUUAGCAGCAAUGUCUCUGAAUUCCUGAUGGGAGAGGUGGACAGCACUACUCUGUUAUCAUUACCACCAACAGAUAAAUGCAGGUCAAUGGAGAAUCUCUGUGGUGGAAUUGCUGUCCAAGGCGAUAUGGUACAAGUGAAGGAUGAGUUCAGUGAUUCAGGCUGUCUUUCUGCAGAAGAAGUGGAUAUAAUACUUCAAAGGUCUGAGGGGGGUGUUGAAGCUGCUUUGCAAUAUGCCAAAACCGUUUCCAAGUACAUGAAAGAUCUGAUCAGCUACCUGGAGAAAAGAACAGCUUUGGAGAUGGACUUUGCCAAAGGGCUGACAAAACUGAUCCAUACCUGUAGACACACUAUUACUCAAGAGUAUCAUGUGCCUUUUCUGUCAAUUUACUCGCUGGCUCUGGAACAGGACCUGGAUUUCGGACAAAGCAUGAUACAAGGAGUUAACGUCCUCCAGAACCAAACCUUCCUCCAGCCGUUAGCUGGAAGAAGGCUGGAUCAUGAAAAGCGCAGAAAAGAAAUUAAAGAACAAUGGCACCGGGCACAGAGAAAGCUGCAAGAAGCUGAGGCGAACCUUAGAAAGGCAAAGCAGGCGUACAUGCAACGUUCCGAGGAGUACGAGAAGGCCAAGAUCCUGACAGUGAAAGCGGAAGAGGACCAGCAGAGUGCAAGCAGCAGCAACGCCAGCAAGACCCUAGACAAGAAGCGGAGGACAGAGGAGGAUGCACGCAACAAGGCUGAUGAAGCUGAGGCAACAUACAGAACAUGCAUUGCAGAUGCCAAGACUCAAAAACAAGAGCUGGAAGACGUGAAAGUGAAUGUACUGCGACAGAUCCAGGAAAUCAUUAAACAGAGUGACCAGACAUUGAAAUCGGCCACCAUCUCAUACUACCAGAGAAUGCACAUGCAAACGGCACCACUGCCUGUGCACUUCCAGACACUCUGUGAGAGCAGCAAGCUAUAUGACCCAGGCCAGCAAUAUGCAUCUUAUGUCAAAGACCUCCAGAUGGAAGCUGAAACGGAAGCACAUUAUGAUUUUGAAUCAUAUUCAUCUCAAGUAACGGGGUCUCCCCAUGUAAGGGCUCGUAAGGGUAGUUUCAAUACAAGUGACUUUGCUUCCAAUCCUGCAAAUGAGAUACAGUCCCAGUCCUCGAUGGAUGAGCCUGGCAGUCCAGAGGGAGGCUCGACUCAGAAGGAAGCACGAGGUGGAGGACCUACUGAGAGAAGAGGAGUCCGCAGUCACCAGGUACACAAAUCCUGGCCUACUACCAUGAGUGAUGCAGACAGUGUUGGAGGAGGCAGUGGUCUGGAUUCCCCGUCAUCUGCAACAGGUGAUUUUUCCAGAAAAUUGCCCAGGAUUCCUUCUUCUGGUGCCAUAUCAUCCACUGAGGAUGUAGACGAGAAAGAUGGCAGCACGAACUUUGAGCAAAGCAUCAAUGGAAUGGCUCCAGAAAUCGCGGUAUCUACCGGCCCGUUCAAAAACGUGCGACUUUCGAAGGCUGCACAAACACAUCGCCUCAGGAAACUUCGUACGCCAUCAAAAUGCAGAGAGUGUGACAGCUACGUGUAUUUCCAGGGGGCAGAGUGUGAGGAAUGCAAUCUGGCUUGUCACAAGAAAUGUCUGGAGACGCUGGCAAUUAAAUGUGGACACAAGAAGCUACAGCGGAAGUUACAGCUGUUUGGAAGGGACUUUGCCCAAGUUUCCAGAGACAGUCAUGAUGGAAUCCCAUUCAUUAUCAAAGCGUGCAUCUCUGAGAUUGAGAAGAGGGCUUUAAAUAUGAAAGGAAUCUACCGUGUUAAUGGUGUAAAGACCCGUGUUGAGAAACUGUGCCAGGCUUUCGAGAAUGGGAAGGAACUGGUCGAACUUUCUCAAGCAUCACCGCAUGACAUCAGCAAUGUGCUCAAACUGUACCUGCGACAGCUUCCAGAACCUAUUAUGCUGUUUCGUCUCUAUCACGAUUUGAUGGGACUGGCCAAAGAGAGCCUGCAAAGUACAGGGGAUGCGGGAAGUAAAGAAUCAACAAUCGAAAAGGAUUUACUGCUACUUGUGGCACGACUGAAAGAACUACUGAAGGAUCUGCCACCUGCAAACAAGGCCACGCUACAGUACAUCAUUCGACAUCUUAGCAAAAUUUCAGAACUUGAACAAAGCAAUAAGAUGUCUCCAAGUAAUCUGGGGAUUGUAUUUGGACCGACGCUGAUGAGACCCAGGCCUACAGAGGCAACUGUGUCUUUGUCAUCCCUUGUUGACUACCCUCAUCAGGCUCGCAUUGUGGAAACAUUAAUUAUCUGCUACACAGACAUAUUUGAACCUAAAGCAGAGUUUAACAUGCCUUCAGAUGAAGAUAUUGUGGAUGAAGCAUCACCAACUGAUAGGUAUAAUGAGAGAGAGUCUUCUGCAAGAAGAGUGGGAUCUGGGAAUGAUUUACCUUAUCUUGAUGAAGCAGCAGAGUUUGACAGAGAGAGGCUAUACUCUGACACGCUUUGUGGAAACUCGUUAGGAUCAGAAAAGUCUUCAGAAUCCCGUGAACGUUCACUGGAUUCUGACUCCGAGCUAGAAGAUGGGGCACAUGAAUGUACUACUGGACAAACUGGGUUUGAGGAAGGAGUCCAAAGAAGUCGAAAGGGAUGUUUGCCAAAACAAGGGAGCGUAGCUAGUGCUGAUGAGCCUCCUUUCUACAGUGACAAUGCAGAAGAAGACUGCAAUAAAUUGGUUAAACAGACUGAGAAUAGUCAGGCUCAGGGUUCAGCUGCUGACGUGUCUCAGACUGAGGGCUUAGCAUCGGAAACAACUGUUGAAUAUUCUACAGCUUCAUCACAACAGCUGGAGAAAGAUGGGCAGGCAAAUGCUGGUGAUGAGGAACUGGACCCAGCAAACAAAGGUCUGGCAGACUUCAAUACAAACCAAUCAAAUAAUGUGGACAAAAACCAUUGGUUUCAUACCAGCAGGCCAUUACACGUGAGAGCGCGGCGCAGUCAGUUGCCAUGGGUACGGAUGCGUCAUGGGAAAAUAGACAUCGGACUUGAAACUCGAGACCCGGAAUUUGUCUAAUCAUAUUUUGUUGUGAUUUGCUUUUUUUUCAGUAUAGUUUUCUACAAAUGCUAAAGAUGCUUUUUGCUGGAUUAAUGAAAGAAUGAUAUGAACAGUAGCACAGCAUAAGAUCAAAUUUCAAAAUAACUUUUUAGAGUGUUUGGUGGUUGCCAUUUUGAGACAAGGACUGUGCCAAUGGUUUUAUCUGGAGGUCGUUCUAAUUAAAAUAUGAAUGAAUUUGUUGAGUUCAAAAAUUGAAAUCAGCGUCACAAUUUACAAAGGUAACAGUAUUAAUUUUCAGCAGUUAUUUACUUCAGGAACAUAAAAAAAAUUUGAAGAGCGCCUAAAAUAGAAGGAACCUGGUUAUUUUGUAUGUAACAUGCAUUGGCAACUUGAUCAGAUUUUUGUCGUAUGCAUCGUUAUCUUAAUUUAUGGAAAGCAGAAAUAUGAAGUCAUUUUCAAGAAUUAUGAAUUUCUUUUGUGAGAUGCAAAAAAUUUAAUCAUUGAAGCCAACAUGGGCUAGAAAGAUCUUUUCAAUUUUUUUUUAAAGAUUUGCUUGAUUUCCUUUUAAAGUUUGUAGGCAUUUUCUGUCAUCUUUAUGGUCAUUGCUCUUAUGUCUUGGCUGUUCUAUCAUGGGAGGUAUCAGAGAUGUAUAGAUCUGUGCUUCUACAACAUCAAUGUGCUUUCCAGAUGAAGUUACUCAAUGUUGUUCAGGAGCAGAAAGGUGAAUUUUCUUGCCCUCCUCCUAACCUCAGAGUCCUGAGAUCAUAUUUGCCAGCCCAAGCUUUGUUGAAAGAAAUUGAGACUUACGCCCGGUUCUCAGUCUAUGCAACUUUCUGCACCAUCAGGUGGUGCACUUGAGCUGUGAUUUUGACCAUUUUUGAGCAGGAAUCUCUAGUUAUUUUGUGUGCCCAAGGGUAACAUUUUCAUUUUUUUUCACCAGCGAUAGGCAUCAUUGGCAUUUAUCACCCAACCCUAGUGUAAAUGGAGGUGAAAAUGCUGCCUGGUACAAUGCAGUAUUCUGUUGAAUGUACUCUAUGCUGUUACUUAGAGAUUCAGAUCUUUGCCCCAGCAGAGAUGAACAAAUGGUCAUAAUAUUUCCAAGUCAGAAUGGUGUAUGACCUCAGUUGGAAAACUGCACAUAACUAUGUUUCCACAUUCCUAGCCUUUCUAGAUGGCUAUGGAUGUCAAAAUGGCUGAUGAAGAAGCCUUAUUAAGUUGGAUUGAGUCACAUAGAUGGUGCACUCAGCAGACAUUAGUGCCAGUGGUUCAAGAAGUGAAUGACUACGAUAGUGUGUAUGACUUUCAAAUGGACUGCUUUAUCCUGUAUGAUGUUGAGCUUCUUGAAUGUUGUUCCAGCUUUACCCAUCCAAACAAAUGGAGAUUAUUCUGUCAUGCUCAUGAUUUGUGCCUUGCAGGUGAUGGACAGGCUUUUGAGAAUUUACCAAUGAGUCAUUCAGCUUAAGAAACCCAUAUUGUGCCUUGCUACAAUAGCGAUUGUGGCUUAAUCAGUUUCUUUACAGUGAUGACUUCCAGGAUUUUGAGAGUAGGGAAAAAUAAUGCUAUGAAAUGUCAAGAUGAGGUUUACUAGAUUCUAUAUUAUUGGGAAGGUCAUUGCAUGGCACUUCAGUGGCAAAAAUGUCAUUCGGCACUUAUUAGCCCAGACCUGGAUGUAAUUCUCAGACUUACUGCAUAUAAAUACAGACUGCUUCAUUAUCUGAAGAAUUGUGAAUGGAGCUCAAUAAUCAUUGCAUAACAUCCCCACUUCCGGUUACAAUGUAAGAAGAAAAACUUUAUCAAUUCUGGAAUUAUAAGCUAGUGUCUGUAAUAGUGACUGCCGUAAUUGUGAACAAAAUGACACUGUUCUUUUAUGGAAGGAAAUCUGCCAUCUUUGGCCUACAUGUGACUCCAGACUCACUGCAGUGUGGUUGACUCAAUCCAGCAAACCACUCAAUUUAAUGGCCUCUUGCAUAUGGUCAUGAAAUGUUGGCUUUGCCCGUGAUGCCCUCAUCCCAACAAAAGUUUUUAUUAAAAAUGCUGAGGAUGGAUGAGCAUAGGAUGCUGUGAUGAGGAACUCCUGUAGUGAGGCCCAGAAGUACACCCAUCUUCCAUUGUACUAAAUGUGUCUGCAGCCGCUGGAGACUCUUCUGUCUGAUCUGUGUGUUUUGGCCAAGGCUGAAAGUCCUGGUAAUAUGCAAACAAGGUAUCGGUGAACAGGUAAUUGGUGAGUCAUUACUACUUCUGAAACUGUCACUUGCUAACGAUUUGAGGGUAGGGUGGUCAAUAUUGUUCAUUUGGAUUUGUCUACAUUAGAUGUUGUAGCUGUACUGAAACAAAUUGACUAAGAAUGUGAACUGCAGCAGUGUCCUUUUAUAAAUGACUUGCUGACCCAAGUCUCAAACCAAAUCCUGUCAAUGAAGGAACUAAAGAAGUGAAAUCAUUAACGCUUAUGGUUAAUGAUCAGGCAAGAAGAACUUGGCAUUGCUGUGCCUCUGCAUGUGGGAAUAAGGCAACAUGAUAAAACAAUUUCUAAAAUUUUUAUGACUGGAAAAGAGAUUAAAAUUACCAAUCUCAUGACGUUGUUAAAUAAAUUAGAUUAAUAGAACUAAAAUUACACAGCUUAAUUUUUGAAUAUAUUACAUUAAUGGGAGCAAAUCCAUUCUAUUUUUAUCCAAUCUGCUUUGAUUUAGGAAUCUAUAUUAACAAAGGUUUCUUUGUGAUUGGGAAAAAUUUUAUAUGGAACAAAGAUUCACUACAAAAGAAAAUAAGUGUAUUUUUACUCAAACUUUGCCUUAUCCCAAAUAUUAAGUCUCUAGCCCCAGAAAAUCUAAACUUUUUGCAAAGACAAGGAGCUGGGGUAAGGGGCAUAUUUUGGUUUUGCUUUUACUCAUUGGGAAGGGGAGCGGUGAACAAAGUUUGGAAAGAAAGGGUUUGGCACAAUAACAAACAUUAAUUUCAAAACAGAUUUCAAAGCAAUCAUUUUAUAAUUUAAAUAAUUGAGGAAUUCCUUCCCUAAUGGCACUGUAGGUCUACCUGUAGCACAUGAGAGAAUGUAGACUGCAAAUGCUGGAGAUUCGGAGUCAAAAAGUGUGGCUCUGAAAAAGCACAGCAGAUCAGGCAGCAUUUGAGGAGUAGAAGCGUCAACGUUUCGGGCAUAAGUCCUUUAUCAGGAAUGUGUGGGAGGAAG